AUGAGUGCCACUGGUAGCAGUCAGCAUUUCGGUGAAGCACUAAGGGCCAUCUGCGAGAAUGAUGUGACCUCAUUUGAAAAGUUGAUCAAACAAAACGCUCAGCUACUCGACUUGAGAACAAAGGGUGGUCGUUCAUUACUCACCUUUGCGGUACUUCACGAUCGUCUUCGCAUUGUGCAGAUGCUGCACAAGAAGGGUGUUCAAUUUUCGGUUGGCGACGACAAUGGCGAUACAGCAGUUCAUUGGGCCGUCAUUGGUGAUGCACGCAAGUCGAUGAAAUACAUUCUGAACGUACCUCAAAGCACUGAACAAACACCGUGGAUUUUGCAAAAGGAUCGCCACGAUGUUACACCAAUUCAUUUAGCGGCGAAACUUGGCCGAACAAAGCUUCUGAAGAUGCUUAUCAACGCAAUAACGGACUAUGAUAAUUUCUAUAAAUGCGUUGAUCGUAUGGGUCAGUCACCGCUGCAUUAUGCGGCUUCAUGUGCUCGAUUAGAAUGUUGUGAGAUAUUGUUGGCCGAACGUUUAGGACUACCGAUUGAUCAGAAGGAUAACGCUCGUCAUACACCGUUAAUGUGUGCUGCAGCCAGUACUUAUGCUGGAGCCGAAGAUUGUGUUCGACUACUCGGAAGGCGUAAGAGUAUUUCAAUAACGGCUCGUAAUAAUCGAGGACGUACAGCGUUGCACUUAGCGAUUAUGGCUUGUAACGUGAACGUUGUUGAUGUGCUUCUCAAUGAAUUGCUUUGUCCACCUGAGACAUUUGAUAACGAUGCUCGAACUCCGUUGCACUACGCGGCACAACGCGGUCAACUCGACAUUGUUGAGAAAUUGCUCGCAGUGAACGCUCGAAAUGCAACUCGUGAUUGUUUCGGUAUAUCGCCGGCUCAUUACGCUGCCCAAGGUGGUUACCAAAGAGUUCUGAACCGAAUUCUUGCUUCAGUUGGUGGCAUGGAUCAGUAUGACAGUGAUGGUCGAUCGUGUUUUAUGUGGGCUGUCAUUGCUGAUCAAGAGGAAAUGGUACGAUUCUUCCUUGACAACUUUGAACCGGAUCGAAAUCAUCAUGACAAAUACGGCUAUACGGUAUUGCAUCAUGCCGCCCAAGUUGGGAGUCUUCGACUGGUGAAAUUGCUCGUUAAAGAAGGAUGGAAUAUCCAUGUUAGUCGCUAA